UCGAAGCCCCGCCCCGAGGAUGUGCAAGCAGUGGCUGCCUUUUACGACGGGCCGGAAAGCGGCGGCCGCAGCUAGCGCCGGACUGAAGCAAGCCACUAUGGGGAAAAUCGCGCUGCAGCUCAAAGCUGUGCUGGAGAACGUCACCAGCCUCCGGCCUGUGGGCGAGGACUUCCGGUGGUACCUGAAGAUGAAAUGCGGCAAUUGCGGAGAGAUUUCAGAGAAGUGGCAAUACAUCCGGCUGAUGGACAGUGUGGCACUGAAGGGAGGCCGUGGCAGUGCCUCCAUGAUCCAGAAGUGCAAGCUGUGCGCACGGGAAAAUUCCAUCGAGAUUUUGAGCAGCACCAUCAAAUCUUACAAUGCUGAAGACAGUGAGAAGUUCAAGACGAUAGUAGAGUUUGAGUGCCGGGGCCUUGAGCCAGUUGAUUUCCAGCCCCAGAUGAGGGGGAAAAAAACUCAACAAUGUUGCAACUUUUCCAGAUCACACAGCUGGGUUUGCUGCUGAGGGUGUGGAGUCAGGGACAGUCUUCAGUGACAUUAAUCUGCAGGAGAAGGACUGGACUGACUAUGAUGAAAAGGCUCAGGAGUCUGUGGGAAUCUAUGAAGUCACACACCAGUUUGUGAAGUGCUGAGUCCUCUUCUUGUACACUUGGUUUUAAGAACUGAAAACAAAGUGCCCCAAAUAACAAGAAUCCACUGAAGGCCGGUCCCGUUGUUGCUUUUCUCCUGGCAGCUGUCUCAAGCCCUCAUAGUCUUGCAUGCUAGGCUCUGUCACAGCUUCCAAAACCCCGCCAAUAAAGCCCCUGUUCGUGCUGCGCUGGUGCAUGAAGGUAGAGUUCAGCAGCAACCACUCCCUCCAUAAAUAAGAAUUCACAUGAGAAAUCUGAUUGCUUCCUGACACCUUCCCACAGUUAAAAAAUCCUGCACCUGAUCCAUUUUCCAAAAUAUGCAAUACCACUUGUCAGGGCUUUGCAGCUUCGGGAGAGUAGCAGGUCAACCUGGAGGGCCCAGAGGUAUUGAGGGCAAUGGCACAGAGGGCAGCUGAGCCAGGACUCUGCAUUCACCAGCUUGGCUUUUAGGUAAACCCAGACAUGUCUGUUAGCUGGUGUCACAUUCCAGGCAGGGCCAAAAGGGAGUUUAGAAGUCAGCAGUCUAGUCCUGGCAUGAAUCUUCAAAAUUCCUGCCAGAUGGUCAUCUGAUCUCUGCUCACUUAGUGGGCUGGGCAGUCCCUUCCCAUCAGGGCAGCCAGUAUGAAAGUUCUUCCUUAUGUGAAGUCAGCCUGUUGCUCCCUGUAGCUCCUCCUGCUGGUCUGGUUUGUCGCACUGUGGCCACACUUACGUGUACUUCACCUGUCCCCAGACAGUCCUGUAGAGAUGUGAAGACAGCAAGUAAGGCCCUCUAAAUCUUACGAGCCUGGUUCUCUGGGUCUGAAGGUUGCCUAGACAGUGAACAGAGCUGGGUUAUGUAUGGGGUAUCCAUGCCUACACGCUGGUGAGCCCACCAUUUGAAAAACCUGUUAUCAGGGAUCUUAAUACUUCCUUGGUCUGUUAGAGCCCUGAAUCCUUUGGAAAUAAAAAUUAGUAUCUUCA